AUGUUCGGCCGCCGCAAGAGAAGCUCUUCUCACCAUCAGCCACUCCCCACAUCUGCGUCCCAAUCAGCGCAGUCUGCCGCCAGCCAUGCUUUCCUAAAGUCCCAACCUUCCACAAGUAGCCUGUCGUCCGCGGCCGCCGCGGCCGCGCUGCGAAAUCGCACGCCAACUCCAACGUCCGUGGAAAAUGUCCAGACCAAGCGCAUGGUCCAACGAGCGGCCUCGACUCAUUCGCCGCGCAACACAAUGACGUCCCGUCGCUCAGCCAGUGUCAGCGGGCCUCUGCGUCGAUCGAAUAGCUCGAGCUCGAUGACGGCAAGAACAUUUCGGGAGCCAUCGCCUCAUCGCCCAUCGACAAGCUCUGGCCCCGUUCCUGUACAACGACCCGUUGAACCCCCGUUGCCAAGCUUGCCUGCACAAUAUGCCCAGCGAAAAGAAGCUUCCCGUCGCGCGGUGAGCCUUGAACCAUCGAUGCGAUCGCCUCCGGCAUCUCCGCCACGGAUCUCUACACGAGGAGUGAGUUCUGAUCGAGGGGGCGCGAGCUCUCCUUUGCAUAACCGGGUCAGCAGCUUGAGCACGGUGCCUGAGAUAGAGCGACCAGGAAGCCGAAAUUCGGUCAAUUUUUCGUAUCCAAGGGGCAGCCGGCCAAAUUCGCCGCCCUUAACUCCCUCGAUUCCCGAGAAUCAGUCCAUCAGCUUAGGGGCAGUUGUAGAUAGUGAUGGAGCACAAGGGACCGAUACUCAGCAAUCUACACCUGAGAAACCAACCGCCACGAGGCCUAAAGUGCAGGUUGCAGAUGGGAGCCACGCGAGCAAGUCUGCGGGACCUUCUGUGGGUACUGCUGCGGCUGCGGCUGCUCAAGCAAUUAGCACGCAAAAAAGCAGUCCUCGCGCGGACCCCUCUCACGCCGCAAGGGUUGAAAGCCUAGAGCGCGACCCUCCAUCUACUAGCAGUCCAGACAACGAACAUCCGCCCUCACGAACUGGUCCUGAGAGAUGGCCCGCGGUUGUCCGCGAAAUCGAACCGGAGGAAAAUGCGGAAAUUGAAGCCCCUCGACGUCAGGAUCCUGGAAAUCGACUAGCAGCUGCAUCUCCAUCAUCCGACCGCGCUGACUCGAUAGUGACUCCCCAGUCAUCUCCUUCCGCUGCGAAGGGAUUAAGAGAUCAAGAAGUACUUCCUCACCAGUCAAACAGCCCUGGCCGGUCAGCCCGUUUUUCCAAAUGGCUUUCUGUGAGCAGUUCAGGAGAUCAGAUUCACCAACCCCCGGCGAGAUCUGUGUCACCUGUCAAGUCGGCCUUGAAGCAUCCUCGUGGAAGCUCUCUGUCUCCGGAUAGAAAGAUGUCACUCACCGGGGUGCCUGUUCACCCACCUGGUGAGAUAUCCGAUGGCACGUCAGUAGCAUCCGAUGAUGGAUUCCGGCUCAAUGUCGCCAAGAAACGGGCCCCUAGGGUGAGCUUCGAAGACGAGGCUGAGAUUGUCGGUGUUGCUGCAAGCCCUCCCACCUCUCCCGAAGAAUAUACCCCGGGUUCACCACCCAAAACCAAGUCUCGCAUGAGUUGGCUUGGUGUUGGUAAGAAGAAGCAAGGAGCAUCGGACUUGACCACAGGUGAUGAUGAUUUCGGUGCAGUCUUGAAGCCCCGGCCAAUGCUCCCUUCCUUUGGCAGCGUACGAGGGACUCGGGAUGGUGGUUCCCAAGAGCCUGCAAUUCCUGAAUACAGUGAUAAUGAUUCCAGCAGUUCGUCUGAUGAUGAGGUGGUGGCCACCCCGGUUUCCUUAUCGAAUGACCAUGCCAUUGGAGGAGUCCUUCCCAAGGUCCGAUCUCAGGACACCCGCAAUGUGAACUCUGUGGAGCAAUUGUCAGUCAGUGGAGAGAGUAGUCUAUCUCAGCCACAGGCUGCAACUGACAAGAGACUGGAUGGCGUGGCCGUUGGUGGUAUCACUAAACAACCGCCCUUUAACCAUGGGACUUUAAACGUACCCCCACCUUCGAUUGCAGUGGAGCCCGCUACACCUCCAAUCGAUAGCGACCGACCUAGCCGUGAGCUACAGCGCUUGAGUCGGUCAAGUCUUGAGAACUACCAUAUCCCGGGUGGCUUCCCACCCUCGGCCUCAGACCGCAACCUCAGAUCUACAGCUGAAUCCACGAAGCCCCAGCCUGUGGCCAGUGCCGUUCCAAAGCACGUGGAUGACGUGGAUACCGAAGGAGAAUCUGGUGACAGUAUCUACAGUGAUGCUGAAGAAGGCUUUGAUGGGGAUGGCUUUGGAUCUAUUAAUGCCAUCGUCGAUAGCCGUUCAAUUCCUAGGUCUUCGGCCCCUCUAGAGACAGUCAGCGAAGAUCGCGAUCCAACUCCCAGACCGGUGGGUCGAACUUCAGUUAUUGAUGAUGCAUCCCAAGAUAUCACAGAGCAGGCUGCAGAUGACGGUCGUGUGACCCCCACUCAAGAUUCUGUCAAUCGUGAGGUGCAAGAAGAGGCUGAGCCACCAAGUCCUACUUUGCCUCUCAAAUCUCAAGCUCAAGAGAUUCCAAAUGGGAGUAUACAGUCAAGGCCAAAUCAGCAGAAGCGGCCUAUUUCCGUGGACGCUUAUGGUACCUCAAGCUUGAACGACCCCCGAUACUCCAGUGCCGCCCCCUCUGCAGGUACUGGUAAUGGCAAAACACGAACUUUGUCACUAGGGCCAGCCUUCCAGCGAACGGGAGGACCAGGAGGGGCAGGAUUCCCUAGUUCCCUUCGUCGAACCCGGUCCAGUGGCAGCGACUCCUCCAGCAGCUUUAAGCGAGCCAGUCAUUCGCCUCGGAAUGAUGGAUCCCGCGCCAUGCGUCGCACAAUGAGAGCCGGUGCAAGCAUUCGGGGACCUCCCUCAGACCGAACAGACUCUCCCACUGACCGGCGGCCAAUGUCUUCGGGUUCCUCACAGGGACCAGGGACCAUGCGCAAAACACUUCGAGGCCCGCAAAGCGGUGGAAACGAGCGAUAUUCAUUCUUUUCGACCAACAAAAAAGCUGCCCCCGCCCCUCGAGCCCGAUCUUCAAAGCCUCCCAAGUCUACAAGCUCUCGAUUCAUAGACUCGGACGGGGAAGACGAGGGUCAGCAACAGUUUUUCCAUAGCCGUUUUGUGGAUUCUAGCGAUGAAGAGCAGGGUUCCAACUCUAUGCGGCCUGUCCGUGGUAUUCCCCGUCGCCAUGGUGCCCACGAUGGGGAUUCCACCGAUCUGGAAGAUAGCUCUGAAGGGGAGCGUCGGCAGCAAUCUCGGCCUGUAGCGGUUGAUCCUCGGGUUAAUCCCACUCCGCCCGCUUCUCGCGACAAAAAUGCUCCGAACAUGUCUGGCCUAGCCGCCGUGGCUCGGCAGCGAGGCAUGACGCAGCAGGAACUAGAAGAAUUCAUCAUGCAACCUCGCAAGCAAGGACUCCUCACCCGCCUUGGUCUCAAGAAGUCGAAGAAUCCGCAGAACCGCAUUCGCAAAGCGGAUGCGGAGAGCCCUUCUCGGAGAGAUACUCAUUUAGAGCGAUCGCAGCUGGAACGUGAGCAGGUCCGUGGUGCGGCCUUGAAUGGCGCUCCUACCACUGUGACUACUGUGACUGCCAAUCAGUCGCAGUCGCCUUCGUCCCCUCAAAAACUUACGAAGAAGGACGCCAAACGUUAUACCAUGGGUGGAGAGCCUUGGUCGUUCCGCUCUGACGCUAGGCCUCAAUCAAUCCCUGAACAAAGUGCCAGCGCUCCCUCCUCUCCAUUGAGGACACAAAAGCCAGCCCUUGAGGACGCGGGGCCCAAUGGAACUGCUACAACAAAUGGAGGGGGAGUAGGAACUACCAAAGCGCCCGAAUCACCCCAAGCCUCUCGUGCCGGUCCUGUGAACGACGAUGCUGCCUCGGACAUCACCAUGAGCACUGAUGAAAAUGGACCCAUGGCGCGAGAUGUGAUGAUUGUCGGCUCGGGACGAAAGAAGCGAUUCCCCAUGCUCCGUAAGGCCUUUGGUCUACGAGCUUGA